GAUAUAGCAAAGCUAUGCUUAAAAACGAGUAAUGUAAAACUCAUCACACUCCGCACGUUAACCAUUCGAAUAGGAACCUACAAGCAAUGGAAAACCGAUGGCGCAAGUAGUAUAACACUAUCCCUAAGAUUCCCUUUUUAUAUCGCCUUGACAGAUGCCAUGUUAUCAUUAGCCUAUACGGUGAAUCUGGGUCACACCGCUAUUUACAAAGUGCCAUGGUCCCAACCUCAAUGUGGUGUAGUGGGUGCUUAUGUGGUAGCAUUGUUCGCCCUCAACAUUCUCCUGGUCGGAUUUGUGGCGUUAUCCACGUGGCUUCGUGUGUGUCGAGAGAUUUACGUGGAAACCGGCGUCUAUGAUUAUAAACUUUGGCUCACCACGAUAUCGAUAUCAAUGCUCAUUGUUUUAAUUUCGAUACGCGAUUUUGGUCCACAAAAAUAUUGGUGUGCAGCUGAUGACACGAGCACCAUAAUACCGUUAAUAAUGCUUAGUCUCAUCGCCCUAUCUCUGGUCACCAUAAUAUUCUGCUACCUCAAAGUAUUAUUGAAAAUUAAAAACCUCGACGACACAUUGCUCACAUCCAGUUACGCGUCACCACAAAGAGUAUAUAUUGAGAAGCGAGCCCUAAGGAAAUUGAUUUCCUACAUUUUCACUUUUCUCUUACAAUUCAUACCGCUUCUCGCUUAUCAAGCGAGUAGUCUUUUAAUG